AGGUCGCCUGACAGGAAGCCGAGAUGCUUCCCACCCGCAGCCGGCAAAGGCCAGAUGGGCCUCGCUUGAUCUACGUGACCCGCUUCGCCUCACACCGCCAUGGCGUGUGGCAGUUGAGGGGCCUCCGAGGUUUCGGCCAUCGAGGCCCAGGAUUCGAGGCCCGCUGUGCCAUAAAGCAAGCAGCGGUGGAGCCCGAGCCCCCGGGAGGAGAGCAGCCCACCGGUUCCCAGGCCGGGGUCACCGAAAGCCCAGAUUCUGCCUCUUUCCAGUGGACGUCGACAGCGCCCAGGGGCCAGGAGCGAGCAGCGCGGCCAGGUUUAAACCAGAAAAAUGCAACGAAAGAGUUUGAUUUCCCCAUACAACUGAAUGAAGCCUCCAAACUAAUGAAGGCGAGAAAAAAGGCCUCUGUGUGGAACAAAGUACAUCAGGUCAUUUCCAGAAUGAUUGCAGAAAAUGAAAAAUACAGACAGAGACUGAAGUGCCACAAUUUAUCUAGUGACAUUCCAGUUACUACAAGAUGAAUGUGAACCUUCCUGUCUUCUCUGAAUUGGUGACAGAGGUUGGGGAGCCAAGCACCUUCCUGGGGCUCAAGAAGCCACUUUUCUGUAGGCUCCUGGGACAUGCUUUGCUUUUGGUCCACACUGUGGACAGGACACACAGGAAGAGACACUCUCCCCAACUCCCCAACUGCAGAUGUCUGAACUGGACGAGAACCCAAAAGUAUGUUUUGGACAACAACAUGCAUGGCAUCAGUGAGAGGGUUCCUCACGAAGCUGUUAGAAAAUGCAAAUAUGCAAAAUUCUUAUGAAGUCAUACAAUAAUUUGUGGGUUUGUUUCCUUCUAAGCUACAACUCCCUCCCUUCAUGAGACUGAACAACUUUGGUGUUGUGGUUGUUUGUUCUUUAAAUGACUAGUAAAUCCUCCUGCCUCCAGUUGCAGGGCGCAGGCCCCCUAGGCAGUGGCCUAUGAGAGACAGUUUCCCUGCACACAGGCUUCUCCUACUUCUCUAGACAAUGCUAAGUACAGUUUGGCUUUGCUGUCCCUCAGUACAGUUCUAAAUGUUAGUGUAUACAAGCCAAACCUACUGCCAAAUGGACGGUGGUGUAAACCUCACUGCAUAAAAUUUUGUGGAGAAUGUGGACAAAGAUUUUAGCUACAUUUAUGUUUGUAUGACCUGCUGACUCUUUAUGGAAACAGCCUGCUUUAUCAGACCUGUCAGUAUGUAUUCAUUUCACUGUACGAGUGUCAUGCGGGAGACAUUGUGUCCCACUGUUCUAGAACCAUACAGCUCUAAAGACUUCCAUAGAAAUGAAUGUUCUAAAUGUUUUAUUUAUUGUUUAAUAAUUUCUGCUGAAAUAUGUUUUGUUGAAUAGAAGAGAAAUACAAUGUGAAUUUUCUUCUGGAAUAUUGUGCAGCAAGUAUGACACCAUGAUUUGUUCACCAUUUUAGAUUCCUAUCAGGAACUGAUGCCCUCUUCAUGAGAAUCCAAGACUGUGUGUUUCCAAGUUACAUACAUGUCUAUUGGAGCCGUGGACAUAAGAUUUUCACAUUCCCUUCUUCAUCUCAUACUCUUCAGUCUUUCCACUGGUCUGUGCCAGAGGAACAUUCACUCAUCAAUUCUAUUCCUGAUUUGUCUUUUUCUUUGCUUAAAUCAGUUUUAUUUAAGCCCAUCGUCCAUUCUUGUUAUUCUAAGAAAUGUACCACAAAUGAUUCUACCGUCUCAGGAGUGUCAUAGAGUACACUCACACAAAGUGGCCUGAGUCAUCACUGAGCAUGGCUCCCACUGCAGCAAGGGUGACCAUAAACACAAGGCAUGUGAGCCUGCUGCCCGUGUAAUGGGGAAUUCUGCUUUAAACAAAAAGCUUUCCUAUAAAUAAAAGUAAUGUUCAUUAGUGAUGAAAACAGUAUGUUGACAAGAUAAAGCAGUAA